UCGCCGUGGCACGAUGUGCCGUACCUCGCCGGCGACGACAGCGCGACCGGCCGUCCGCUGCUCCACUUUGUGUGCGAGAUCCCGCGCGGCGUGUCGGCCAAGGUUGAGAUCCACAAGAGCGUGCCCUACAACGACCUUGUGCAGGACGUCAACAAGGACGGCUCGCCGCGCUACUACACCUACUCGCCUUCGACCGUCAACUACGGCGCCAUCCCGCAGACGUGGGAGGACCCGCACCACGCGGACGCGCACACGGGCCUGGGCGGCGACAACGACCCGAUCGACGUGCUGCAGCUCAACGAGGGCUCGUGCGUCGCCGGCGCGGUGCAACGCGUGCGCGUGCUGGGCGCGCUCGCGCUCGUCGAUGGCGGCGAGACGGACUGGAAGCUGCUGGUGGUGGACGUGGACGCGGCCGACGCGCCUGCGUGGCGGGAGCUCGGCGACGUGCCGGCGGAGCGCGUCAACGAGGUGCGCGAGUGGUUCCGCCUCUACAAGACGUCGGACGGCAAGCCGCCAAACGAGUACGGGCUCAACGGGGAGCCGAUCGACGCGGCCGCGGCGCUGGCGGUG